AUGGGGCGAACGAUCUUUCCUCUGCUCCCGCCAUAUGGCGCCCAGGAUCCCAACCACGGACACAUCAUCCCUCUAAACCCUGACGGCAUCACACCAUAUCUCGGUCUGAAGGCUCGCCUCUCGCAAGUAUGGCUGAACCGAUGGACAAUCCUUCUCCUUCUCAUCCUGGCCCGAGUUCUCAUUGCCGUCGGCGGAUUAGAGACAGACAUGGGCUCGGCCAAGCGUGAAGCGUUGUCAGCAUGUACAUCCGUGGAGUCGAUGGGAAGCGCGAUGGCAUCAAUGCCGCAUUAUUCAUCCCGGGGAAUUAAUGAGGUCACGGCAUCGACCGUCGAGGCUGCUGUUCGGGGACUUAAAUCAACGUUAAUGCUGAUGGUAACUGGUGUUGAGGAGAUCAUUCUCUUCAUCAUCAACGUGAUGUACCAGACCUACCUGUGCCUCAUCACCAUGGCCGUCCGAGGUACUGUGGACGUUGGCGUUGGCCUACUAAAAGACGCCACGGGCUUCCUAAACUCCACCGUCAAAGAAGUCGGCCACGACAUCGCAAGCGCUGUCGACACAUUCGAAGACGGUCUGAACAAAUUCCUCGAUACAGUAAACUCCGUCGCCAGCGUCUUCGGCGGCAGCGUCCCCGACCUCAAUAUCUCAAGCUCCAUCGACAAGCUCGAAAACGCCCAACUCCCCUCCUCGAUCAACGACGGCCUCGACAAGAUCAACAGCUUGAUCCCUACUUUCUCUGAGGUGCAAAAUUUCACGGAAAACGUCCUCCGCUGGCCUUUUGAAGAAGUCAAAAAACUCAUGAACGAAUCUUUGGGUACUUACGAAUUCAACCGCUCCGUCCUCCCCGUCCCAGCAAAAGAGAAAAUGCACUUCUGCGACGGCAACGACGGUAUAAACUCCUUCUUCGACGGCAUCGGUGACCUAGCAACCACAGCUAAAAAGAUCUUCAUCGCCGUGCUCGUCAUACUAGCCGUCCUUUUCUGCGUCCCAGUCGCAUGGUCUGAGAUCCGCCGCUGGCGCACAAUGAAAGACCGCUCGCAGCUAGUCCGCAAAGAAGCUCACGACCCAAUGGACGUCGUCUACAUCGUCUCCCGUCCCUACACAGCAGGAGCUGGUAUCAAAACAGCAAGCUGGUCCAGCAACAGCCGUCGACAGGCCCUCGUCCGCUGGGCGGUCGCAUACGCAACAUCCACACCAGCGCUCUUCGUCCUCUGCCUAGGCAUCGCAGGUCUCUUUUCUUGUCUCUGCCAAUUCUUGCUCCUUCGCGCUGUGCAAAAGACUGUCCCCGAGUUGACCUCUGAAGUCGGCGACUUCGCAGAUACAGUCGUCGACUCGCUCCAAAACACCUCAGCGUCAUGGGCCAAUGAUGCCAACGGCGCAAUUUCAAACGUUAACUCAGAUAUCAACAGUGAUGUUUUCGGCUGGGUGAAUACCAGCACAACAGCCGUAAACGACACCUUAAACACCUUCGUCGACAAAACUACGGGAGUCCUAAACGAUACCUUCGGCGAUACCAUUCUCUACGAACCAAUAAUGGAUGUCUAUGACUGUCUCAUAGGCCUGAAAGUCGCAGGCAUCCAAAAGGGUCUUACAUGGGUUCAUGACCACGCACAUAUCGACUUUCCGCUCCUCCCCAAUGAUACGCUCUCACGCGGUGCACAGGAAAGCAUCGACUCGGGAGGCCCCGGGGAUAGUUUCCUCACGGACGCAGGCGACGAGACAGCCGAUAAAAUCACCUCGGUCGUUGCGCGGGUGGUUAAAAAGAUCGAAGAGGGCAUAAAAACGGAAGCGAUCAUCUCUACUGUCAUCGUGUUGAUUUGGGUGCUUGUUGCGUUGAUGGGUAUCUUACGCGCGGCGUUUUUGUUCUUCAUGCGCGAUAAGAACCGUGGUGAGGGAGGUGGAUUGCCGUCAUUGAGUCCGGGUCCGAAUUCGAAUCCGAAUGCGGGGAUGGGACCGGGGCCGGAUGGAUUCUUUGAUGUGCCGUUGACUGCGAUGCCGAAUUUAAAUGUGAAUGGGGUUGGUAGGGAUUAUGGUGCGGGUCAGCCGGCACCGAGGUAUGAGGCUAGUGUGGGUGCGAAGGGGGCAUCUGCUGGUGUUGCGGUUGUAGAUGAGGAUGUGUAUCCUGAUGAGAAAUUGGAUAAGUCGUAUGGAUUGCGGUGA